UUUUUAUUUGAACUUCCACACAGCACACAGAGCCAAACAUCCAGCGUUAUAAGCCGCUGCCAUUAGUAAAUAGAUACAUUGUAACAUCUAACCAUAGUUAUACAAACAUCAAGCUGCUAUUUACAACUAGUACAUUUGUAGCCAUAACUACAGAUUUUCCGCAACAUUGUAACAAGCUCGCGCUACACUUGAUCUUUUUACUGCGCCCAGUACGCUGCUCGUGGGCAAAUUCUGUAAUACGCCUUCUUCAGGAAACAAUAGUCCUGUAAUUUCCCAUACGGUGCUCUAUUGAAUGUAAUCGUUUAAUAAGAUUAGGAGAAAAAAAAGAGCUGCCCUUAAUUUACUGAAAAAACAAGGAACACAUUUUAACGCAGCUUCCACUUUUCAGCAAAACAGAGAAAUAAGAUCCGGUUGGUCAAACAGGAAGUGAGGAGAUACUGAUGGCGCCCGACUAGAAUGGAGGAGCAAUUAUCGCGUACAACUUCUUAUACAGUUUGGCGUGUCUACUAAGUCAAACAAAUUCAACUCGCAAUACACAAUGGAGGAGGAGAUAGAGGUGGAGAGCAGCAGUGAUGUGGGUCCGUCAGGGUCUGGGAUGGAGGAGCCGUCAGAGAGCGGUAUGGGGAUGGAGUCGUCGGAGGCCAUGUCUGCAGACAGCAGCGAUGCAGCAGCCCCACAUGCCUCCCACCGCCACCACCACAGCCAGCACCACCAUGGGCACCGUCACCACAGCCAGGCCCCAGAGUCAGACUGCCAUGUGGGACAAAGCUCAGAGGGUGUCCUGGUGUUCCUACCAGAGACUAGCUCCAGUACGGACGUCACCCACCAUAGAGCCACCGUCCACCUCCCAGACUCCUCCUCUGUGGCCCAGUCCACCAGCGUCUCCACUGUUACCCAGUCCAUCCUGGUGUCCGGGUCGGCCCAGGUGACGGUCCACUCCAGUGCGGCGGGGUCAGACUGCGGGGGCAUGAUGGUGUCCGACUCCACCGCCUCCACCUCCACAGACCUGGGAUCAGCCAUAGACAAGAUCAUAGAGUCCACCAUCGGACCUGGUUUUAGAGCAGUGACCAGUGCAGAGGAUGGAACUGCAGAGACCAGUGAGGGGCAGUAUUUGAUACUACAAGGACCAGAUGAUGGGGCCCCAAUGGUAGCCCACAUGUCGUCAUCGGCCCUGUCCAGCCAUCACCGCAUCGCCAUCGAGGCUCUGGGAGAGGGUCCUACCUCCACUUGCCACGACCAGGGAGACAUGCAGGGUAACCUGGACCCAGACCAGCCCUCUGGGAGUCACUCUCACUCCGGUCACUACCCAGACCAUGAGGACCAGGACAACCAGCCCCAGCACUCCCACGCAUCCCAGUACAUGGAGUGUAGCGGUGGAGACGCGGACGGACCCGAUCAGACUGGAGAGUCCUCCUCCUCGUAUGUAGACGAUGAGGAACCCGACCAGACACGCACCUCCCGCUCCCUCGUCCGGUCCCGCUUCCCGGAGUACGGUGUAGUCGACAACUCUGACCAGGACCUGAGGGGGUAUGUGGAGUGUAGCGGUAGUGGAGCUGCCGACUCCAACCCCUCCCCCUCGUCCCCUGCCCGCCUACGCCACACCCACUAUAUGGUGGACUGCAGCGCGGGGACUGGGGCGUACCUGGAGUGUGCAGGGGACGAGGAAGAGGAUUCGAGUCAGCACCACUCUCGGAGCUACAUCGACAGCAGCAGCAGUGCUAACCACUCCCAGAGUCACCAAACCCUCCCUAACCACUCCCAGAGUCACCAAACCCUCCCUAACCACUCCCAGAGUCACCAAACCCUCCCUAACCACUCCCAGAGUCACCAAACCCUCCCUAACCACUCCCAGAGUCACCACACACUGCCUAACCACUCCCAGAGUCACCAAACCCUGCGGCAGUAUGUGGAAUCCGGGGCUGCGAUUGCAGAUUCGGAGCAGCCCGGUUGUUCCAACUCCCACUCUCAGAGUCACCAAACCCUGCGGCAGUAUAUGGAGUCUGGGGCUGCAGAUUCGGAACAGCCAGGAUGUUACCAAUACCAGGCUGAGGAAGGGCAAGGAGAAGACCCAGACCAGAACCAGGAACCAGACCAGAACCAGGACCCAGACCAGCCACAGCACUCUGACCAGCAGCAGCCUCAGCACUCCCACUACAUGGAGACUACCAGCAGCAGCACUGGCCCAGAGUCCUCCCUGGGGAGGUACGCUGGGGCUGGGGAGGGAGGCGAGGGUUCCUCCACAGACCACCACCACCCCCAGGCAGACACCGCAGACUCAGGCACAGCAGAUCAUCCAGAGGCUAUGGAGUGUUCUGAGAGCCAGCCUGGCCCUUACAUCAGCAGCAGUGGGACCUACUCCUACCACCCGGAGCCUGAGGUGGAAGAGGCCCCUGAACCUCCAUGGUCCCCCAGUUUGGGGAGGCCUUCCAGGGGAGAGGAGGGCGGUGUGGUGGGGGGGUCUGGAGCUCCAGUCGUGGAGGGGACUGGGGCUGGGAGCGGACCAGGGGUCCCCGUCCCACACACCAUGGCUGAACUGGAGGAGAUGAUGGAGGUGGUGAUCGUUCAGCAGUUCAAGUGCAAGAUGUGCCCCUACAAGAGUGUCUCCAAAAACACCCUCAUCAACCACAUGAGAGACAGGCACUUCAAACCCACAGGUGGCCCCCCUCCUAAGAAGCGUGGUCGUGGUCGGCCCAGGCGUAGUGAUACGUUGGCCCGUCAGAAGGCUGAGGUGAAACCAGAGCCCCAGCCUGAGGAGCCAGAGGACGAUGACAUCGUAGACGCUGGGGCCAUCGAUGACCCUGAAGAGGACAGUGACUAUAACCCAGCAGAUGAGGACUGUAGGGGCAGACAGCCCGCCUUGCUGAAACAGCCUGUCCCACCUCCCUGCUCUUCCUCCUCCACAGACCGCCCCAGACGCAGGGUGGGACGACCCAGGAAGUUCACCUAUACAGAGGGCAGCUACAACGGCAAGGAAGCAGCAGCAGAUGGGAUGUCAAAGCCUAAGGGCAGUGUGGACCCUCAAGGCUCGGAGGAGGCCAGUUCCUCAGGCCUGGGAAACGGACCAGGUCCCUUGGCUAAUGGAAACGCAGCAGAAGCCGGCAUCAGCCAAUCGGACUCUGAGAACAAAGACCCGUCGUCCAAUGGGAGGCCGGAAGAGGCUGAGCUUUUCCCCAGGAAACGGGGUCGACCCUCCAAGCGGUUCAUCAGAAAGAAAUACAAGAAGUACAUGAACCGCAAGUACUGUAAGUCUCUGAAGCCGCUCCUGAGGCCUCACAACUGUUGGAUCUGCGGCUCUCGCUUCCUGUCCCAGGAGGACCUGAGGUUCCACGUAGACUCUCACCAAGGAAACGACCCAGAGUGCUUCAAAUGCCUGCAGUGUAACUACCGCUGCAAACGAUGGUCCUCGCUCAAGGAACACAUGUUCAACCACCAGGGGAACAAGCCCUUUAAGUGUGAGGAGUGUGACUACAGCAGUGUGUAUAAGAAGGAUGUCAUCAGACACUCAGCAAUACACAACAAGAACAAGAAAACAAAGUCUGAGUCACAGGUAUCUAAGGUGUUGUCGUUCCCGUGUCCGGUGUGCCACAGAGUCUAUCCCAUGCAGAAGAGACUCACUCAGCACAUGAAGACACACAGUACCGAGAAACCACACAUGUGUGACAAGUGUGGGAAGUCCUUCAAGAAGAGAUAUACGUUCAAGAUGCAUCUCCUCACACACAUCCAGAGUGUGGACAACAGCAGGUUCAAGUGUGAGUUCUGUGACUAUGACUGUGACAACAAGAAGCUCCUGCUCAACCACCAGCUGUCCCACACCAACGACCGGCCCUUUAAAUGUGACUACUGUAAAUACUCCACCUCUAAAGAGGACUUCCUGGUCUCACACCUGGCCAUCAAACACACAGGAGAGAAACCGUUCUCCUGUGAGAUGUGCCACUUCAUGACGAAGCACCGUAAGAACCUGCGUCUGCACGUCCAGUGUCGCCACCCGGAGGCGUUUGAGGAGUGGAGCGCUACGCACCCCGAGGAGCCCGUCAGACGAAGGAGGAGACCCUUCUUUACUCUGCAGCAGAUAGAGGAACUCAAACAGCAACACGACGACACACCGGGCCUACAGAACACCAUCCUGGCAGUGGAUCCUGAAACACUACAAGCCAUGCAGACAAUGCAGAACGCCUCAGUCUCCCAAGAUGCAAUGGGAAACACCACCAUCAUCUACGAACAGGCCGGGAACUCAGACCUGUCAGCCCAGAAUGCUCUGGAUCUGCUGUUGAAUAUGAGCAACGCCAGAGAGCUGGUGGGAAACUCACUGCAGGUACAGGUGUUGAAGUCGUCUGACUCAAAGGUUCUAGAAGCAGGCUCCUGGACGGGCGUUACCUCGGCGACGGGCGGGGGGCAAAAAGUUGUGACCUUUCACGUGUCUGAGACUGGCGAGACCCUGGUACAGGAGGUCCAGGAGGUGCAGGAGGGUUAUGAGGCGGGGACCAAUGAGAAUGGAGAGAUCACCCAGGUGGCCAUCCAGGACUACGAGAGGGCAGAAGGCUUCAGUGUGUUGGAACAGGUGGAACAAGCUACAGAGGAGAUCCACAGCACCGGACCUGAAUACAGCAGUGGCGAGGGGAGUCCCCAGCCCAUGGAGGAAGAGGAGGAGGGAACAGAAAUAGUCAGAGAGAACGGAGAGAAGUUCUACCUGACCUCCGGGCUAGGAGACGGGGUGCUGCAGCAGAACAGAGAGAAGUUCUACCUGACCUCCGGGCUAGGAGACGGGGUGCUGCAACAGGUCGAGCUGAGCAGUGAGGCCCCAGGUUCUCCCUCCAUGGUGGGUUCCCCCCAGCAGAACCAGCUCAACCCUAAGAGGUUCUCCUGUCGUAUCUGCAUGGAGUCGUUCCAUGGCCGCAGUGACAUGGAGAACCACAAGAGGGCCCACAUCGACCCCUCCACCUUUAAAUGUCCUGACUGUGACUUCACUGCCUCCUCCUGGCCAGUUGUCAAGACCCACAUGGGCAUGCAUGCCUACCUGAGACCUCACAAGUGUCCAAGCUGCAGCUUCGCCUCCAAGAACAAGAAGGACCUGAGGAGGCACAUGAUGACGCAUACCAACGAGAAGCCCUUCACCUGCCAGAUCUGUGGACAGAGGUUUAACCGUAACGGCCACCUCAAGUUCCAUAUGGAGCGACUCCACAGCCAGGACCCUCCGACGAAGAAGACCCGCUCUGGAGGAGGCUCCCAGCAGACCGUCAUAGUUAACAGUGAUGAGGAGGCUCUCGCCACGCUACAGUCAGCUCUGCAGGCAGGACAGACCAUCACUCCAGAGCAGCUACAACAGGCCUUGGGUCAGGACCACAUCGUAGUGUCCCAGGAACAAGGCCUGGGUCAGGACCACAUCGUAGUUUCCCAGGAACAAGGCUUGGGUCAGGACCACAUCGUAGUUUCCCAGGAACAAGGCUUGGGUCAGGACCACAUCAUAGUGUCCCAGGAACAAGGCUUGGGUCAGGACCACAUCGUAGUGUCCCAGGAACAAGGCCUGGAAGACCAAGUGGAGGCCACUUACAUCCAGCAGAUCACCACAGUGGACGGACAGACAUUACAGUACAUGACAGGAGACAACCAGGUCCAGUAUAUCAUCUCUCAGGAUGGAGUCCAACACUUCAUUCCUCAGGAGUACGUGGUGCUAGCAGACGGGAACCACAUCCAGAUGUCAGAUGGACAGAUUAUCCAGUAUGAGCAUGAUGGGGCCUUCCUGCAGGAGCAACAGAUUGCCCUGAGUCAUGACGGGCAGAUCCAGUAUCUUCCCAUCAGUUCAGAACAACAGAUAGUCAGUCCUGAGGACCUGGAGGUUGCUGAACAUUCUGCUGUCACCGCGGUAGCAGAUGCAGCCUUGCAGCAGACCCAGACGGUUUAUACAGAGGCCACACAAGAACAGCUGGAGCAGCUACAACAGCAGGGCAUCCAGUAUGAUGUCAUCACCUUCACCGAUGACUAGAGACCUCUGUCAGGCGGGACGGCUCUCUGUGAUUGGCUGUUUGCGGACCUGUCUGCUAUUGGCUGCCUGAUGACAGUAUGUAGUGCAGGACUAGCACGGUGGAACCACGAGGACAAGUGACCUCCGGCGGGUUCGAUUGGCCUGAGCGAGACUGCAGAGAAUCGUUGAUCUACAAAUCAUCUUGUAAAAUCAUCCCAAACAACUACUCAUUAUGCGAUCAAAGAUUGUCAAAUCUGGGCAGGGUCUUGCCUAGGUCGAUCCCCUAGAACACACUGCCCUACUCUAGCAGCUCUGCCGUGCUUCAGAUAUCUGGGAUGAUAGGAACAGUACGAGAGAGGAUUUUAGUGGCUUGUAGACUUAUCACUCAUAUUGGCAGUGUUGAAUAGAGUAACUCUCACUGUUAAGUAGAUAUACAAACAGAAGCUUUUGUAAAUUCUAAACAUUGCACCCCGUCGCUUCUAAGUUAAUCAUAGGGGCUGCUGCACAUUAAAGAACGGUUGGAGUUACACACGGUUGGAUGAUUUAUUGUGCGCCCCCAAAUGGCACCCUGUUCCCUACAUAGUGCACUACUUUUGACCAGAGCCUUGAUCAGAAGUAGUGCACUAAAUAGGGAACAGGUUGCCAUUUGGUAUGUAGCCCUCCUCUGUAAUGAUUUAAGAUCUGCGGUUUCCUCAACAAGACGAAAUUAAAAUGACUCUGUUUUAGAAUAAAGCACAGCUUCCAAUGGACCUUUUUAGUUUGGAAUAGGAAAGGACUGUGUGAAGACUAUGCCUCUGGAGGAUCGGAUGACUGUGACUACAGGGUUGAUUGUGAUUUGCAGUUUAAAGGGAGUGGUUAAUCAUUUGGUAAUGUACAUAUCUUUUUGCAUAUGAAGCAUUUUGUUCCAUGAUUUGCUUGAAUGAAAAUCGCUGAAUAAGCUAAAAGCUGAUGCCAAAUAAAUCAUUACAUUUUA